AUGGCCCGUAAAUAUGGUCUUGAGAGCAACACCCUCAACCCCUUUAGGCCACUGUCGUCGUGGGAUGGCUCGAUGAACCCUCGCCACACCACCCUAGAGCUGGAAAUGGCAGUCGGCUUGAAUGUCAAGAACCAGUUGGUCCGAGUGGCUGGAGGACUUAUCAGGCAGGGAUGGGUCAUGAACAUCAAGUCAUGUGUCUCACCAGUUUACUAG